CGGGGCGAGGCGGCUGGGGCGUGUGAGCGGCUCUGUGCUGCGCGUGCACGCGGUCCACGCGCGGCUCGGCCCGGGGCCACUGCGCCGCGCGGACUGCCUCGCCCGAGCGGGUCUCGGCGCUCCCGCUUCGCCGCCGCGGCCGCCUCCGUCCGACGCUCGGGGCCCCGCGCGGCACGGGGAGGCCGCCCUCUCGCGUCUGCGGCCGCGCGGGGAGCCGGGCCGGGUGAGAGGCGGCGGAGAGCCCGGGGGCCGCGGGCCCGCGCCCCGCUGCCGCCCGCGAUGCUGCUCUCCAAGUUCGGGUCCCUGGCGCACCUCUGCGGGCCGGGCGGCGUGGACCACCUCCCGGUGAAGAUCCUGCAGCCAGUCAAGGCGGACAAGGAGAGCUUCGAGAAGGUGUACCAGGUGGGCGCCGUGCUGGGCAGCGGCGGCUUCGGCACCGUCUACGCGGGCAGUCGCAUCGCCGACGGGCUCCCGGUGGCCGUGAAGCACGUGGUGAAGGAGCGGGUGACCGAGUGGGGCAGCAUCGGCGGCGCGGCCGUGCCCCUCGAGGUGGUGCUGCUGCGCAAGGUGGGCGCGGCGGGCGGCGCGCGCGGCGUCAUCCGCCUCCUGGACUGGUUCGAGCGGCCCGACGGCUUCCUGCUGGUGCUCGAGCGGCCCGAGCCGGCCCAGGACCUCUUCGACUUCAUCACGGAGCGCGGCGCCCUGGACGAGCCGCUGGCGCGCCGCUUCUUCGCUCAGGUGCUGGCCGCCGUGCGCCACUGCCACAGCUGCGGGGUCGUGCACCGCGACAUCAAGGACGAGAACCUGCUGGUGGACCUGCGCUCGGGCGAGCUGAAACUCAUCGACUUCGGCUCGGGCGCGCUGCUCAAGGACACGGUGUACACCGACUUCGACGGCACCCGGGUGUACAGCCCCCCCGAGUGGAUCCGCUACCACCGUUACCACGGGCGCUCGGCCACGGUGUGGUCUCUGGGCGUGCUGCUCUACGAUAUGGUGUGUGGGGACAUCCCCUUCGAGCAGGACGAGGAGAUCCUCCGAGGCCGCCUUUUUUUCCGGAGGAGGGUCUCCCCAGGUGCGUGGUGGGUGCGGGGGCUGGAGCUGGGAGCCCAGGGGCCUAGGAGCCAAGGAGCUGACCCCGCGCCCUCCUCUCCGCAGAGUGUCAGCAGCUCAUUCAGUGGUGUCUGUCCCUGCGGCCCUCGGAGCGGCCCUCGCUGGACCAGAUCGCUGCGCACCCCUGGAUGCUGGGGGCCGAGGGGGGCCCUGCGGAGAGCUGUGACCUGCGGCUCUGCGCUCUGGAUGUGGACGACGGGGCCAGCACCACGUCCAGCAGUGAGAGCUUGUGAGGAGGAGCCCGGACCUGGCUUGUGGGAGCCGGAGGGAGCGACCCCGCCUGGGCUGUCUGUUUCUUACAAAAGCAGUGACCUCUGACUCCCGGUGACCUUUGCCUUUGGCACCGGGCUGUUUUCUUUGCUUUGAGUGCCUUUUCGAACGCUGCUCUCACGGGACUUGGUCUUCUCAAGCUCUCUCUGUCCAAAGACGCUCCGGUCGACGUGAGGUCCGGCCUGGGCCGGGCAGGUGCGCGACCCUGAGACUGUCCCUGUCCUGCGCUGCUCUGGGAGGCAGCAGUCCUGGCCCUCAGCGCCUCCCCGGUCGGACCAUGUUGGACCAGGAGCAUGUCCUGUGGCCUCAUGUCACCGGGGGCUCGGGCUCCCUUGUGCCCACCCCCCGCUCCCGCCCGCCGCCGGUGUUCGUCUGGGCAGGUCUGUGCACAAGCAAUGCAACGUCGAGGCUCGCUGCCUGAGCGUGCGCCUGCAGGCGGGGUGUGCGCGCGCGCGCGCACGUCUAUUUAUGGUCUGACCCUGAGGAGGGCUAUUUAUUGUUUAAUUUAUUUGGGGAGGUCCCCUCCUGCCUGCGCCCCCGCCUUCUUCAGGCCCCGGAGUGGGGGGCGUGGCUGUGUGUGCGGACCCCAGGUCCUGAUCCUACCUGCGUCUGUCGGAAGAUGGACUUGUACAGUGGCUAAUUUAAGGGGCGAGGGAGACUCUGUUCCCUGUGGCUCUAUGCCUCUGGGGGAGCGGGGUGGGGGUGGGUUUUAAAUUAUUGACCUUGUACAGUCUGCUUGUUGGCUCUGGAGGCCAGGGGGUGGGGGGACAGAGUCUCAAGCCUUUAAUUUAUGGUAGUAGCUGUGUUUCUGUGAUCCCGGUGUGCGUAGGCAUCGAGGAUGGGGGUUUCUUUCAGUUCAAAAGUGAGAUGUCUGGAGAUCAUAUUUUUUAUACAGGUAUUUCAAUUAAAUUGUUUU